UUUCAGGAAGUGGGGCAGAGUCACCAAAAUCAGGAAACUAAGUGUUGCUAUUAAUACAACUGAGCAAAGAGCUAUUGCUGGUGAAAGCCAAUACGAUAUCAGUUGAAGAGAAAAGGAGCAACUAAAAGGACACAUUUGAGAUGCUCCUUGUGGAGUGAUUUUGUGCACUUUUGAGGCUUCACAACCAUGGAAGAACACAUGUCAAGUAUUGAAUCAGCAAACCCAGAAUCGCUCUCAAAAAAUGAGCUGUUAAUUCUGCACACAGCUGAUGCACAGGAAUGGGCGAUGUAUUUAGAGCACAUCUUGAAAGCCUCUCCUACAUUCCGCCAGUGGUCUAUUGUGCUGUAUGCCGUCAGCCCAGCGGAUCAGCUCCAUGGAUAUAACUUUGACUAUUACCAAAACUGCCAGUGCAUAGUGCUUCUCCUCUCGGGAUCAUUGCUGGACAUGCUCUAUGAGCCUGAACCGCAGAGAGAACUUCAGAGACUUCUUUACCCUCCGCACAGAGUGGUGGCGCUGCUGUGCGGCGUGACAGAGGAUGACAUGCUGAUGGAGAUCUUUGAAGAUUGGCAGAGCUGGAGAAAAAUCUAUGCUGACGAUGAACCUGCUGUCUACGUUUCUACCAUUUUGGAGUCCAUUGAUGACAGCAGGCGAGUGUGGGUUGAACAUGAGAGCGAGGCUGCAACUGAAGCUGAAGUUGAAGCUGAAGCUGAAGCUGUAGCUGCAGCAGAGUUGCACAUCACAGCAGCCUAUUCAACCGAAAAUCCCACCACUGAUGAAACAGAGGAAGUGGUGUCAGAAGAGCAAAAAGAAACUGUCCUGAAGGAUAAAGAACCAGUGAGUACGGGGAUUUCAUCAAGCGAGGAAAUCAGUACACCCACGCAUCUCACCUGUCUCACAGUUCAGCCAAACAGAGUACUCUGCGGGGAAUUGGAGACACUUUUUAUCAUUUUCAAGCACAAAAUAGAUGAUCAGUCGGUACAAGAGGUGGAGUUUUUGUCUGAAAAUGGUUCUACAAAAAGGAUCCCCGGCACUGUGGAGAAUGAAUAUACUAUAAGUGUUACUGCACCGGAUAUGCCCGCUGGAGUGGUAUCGCUCACCAUGUACACUGACCAAUCCUGUGUCAGCUUAAAGCCUGUUACAUAUUAUACCAAUAUGGGAGAAGUCAGUCGGUUUGUUGAAAAUGCUACUGAUCCUGUUAACUUCAUCUGCCAGGCCUUCAACUUGACAUCCAAUGCAACAGAAUCACUGGACAACAUGCUAACUGACUCGUUAAAAUCCAGGAUGCCCGAAACUGGUCUUCAGCUGUUUGGAAUCAGACAGAUUGAAGAAGACAAUAUGGCAGCAUAUCAGCGUAAUGAGGAGCUUCCCACGCUGCUUCAUUUUGCUGCUAAGUACGGCCUGAGGAAGCUGACCACCAUUCUCCUUCAGUGUCCUGGGGCUCUGCAGGCUUACAGCGUGAUGAACAAGUAUGGAGACUAUCCAAACACGUUGGCAGAGAAGAGCGGCUUCUCAGAUCUCAGACAGUUCAUGGAUGAAUUUGUCGAGACAGCAGACAUGCUCAAGUCUCACUUUGAGGACUCCAUCAACACAGAGGAGAGUGCAGAUGUGUAUGAGUUGAUGUCAACUUCGUCUCAAGACAUCAUGAUGAAGUACUCAGGUUGCCCAGAGGACAUAUAUGAGUCAAUGCUGGGGAUUGACCCUGACUGUGCAGAGGACCUAUAUGAGGUAAUGAGUGCGGUAGACGAGAACCCUGAGGAAGCUAUGCUUAGGAAGUUCUUCCAAGCAAAACCUAAUGCCAGUGUAAACCAUGACAACAACCAGCAUCGGAAAACAACUGAAGACAACCAUAAUGACUUAGAUCAAAUUGAAGAAGAGGAGGAUCCAUACAACCUCUGCCCAGAGGAUAUCUAUGAUAUUGUGGAUGAAAAUAGUACCUAUAACCCAGCAAUUCUGAACCGUCCACCAGCCCCCAUCCCAAGGCCGGAAUCUGAGCCUGAGCCUGAAAAGCCUAUGACCUACAUCUCUAGAGUGUUUUCAGAUAAAGAUAUGUCCCAGACUAGAACGUUGGAAAUGGGAUAUCCUCCAGGUCAGCCUGCGGCGGAGCCCUUCUCUCCUGUUUAUGAUCCUUAUGCUGGGAUGAAGACACCUGGACAGAGACAGCUCAUAUCUCUGCAGGAGAGGGUGAAAGUCGGGGAAAUUACUGUGGAUGAGGCCGUCCAAGAGUUCAAAUCCUGGCAGCUUGACCAUGAGCGGAGGGCCAACUCCAUACGCUAUCAGCAGGAAAAUCUGAAGAAAUUACGAGACAGCAUCACCAGACGUCACAAAGACAGACAGAAGACAGGAAAGGAGCUUGAUUAUGAGAUAAGUGCUCCGCUGCAGAGGAAUUUAUACUGGGGCUCUAGUGUGACAUUAGAGUGUUCUGUGUACGAAUCAACACCCAGAGUGGUGGCUCCCCCUCCAGCUCCAGCGGCUCAUGCUAUCCAGAGAGGAACCUGGAAGACUGGUAGCACGUCCAGCACAUCUAGUACUGAGAGCAACAGACUCAGCACUCACAGCACCUUUAGCUACAGCAGCGGAACAGAGCCUGACUUUGAGGACACAAUAGAAAAUGUCCCUCCUCCACCACGACCUCCGAGGCCAUCUGAUGCUGCAUCCCUCACUGCUCCACCGAGGAUUCCUCCACGGAUCCCAGAAAGUAGGGUGCCAGAGAAGAUGCAUGAGCGCUACAUAUCCUGCCCGACUCGAGCACCUCCUCAAAGACCCACUCACAGACACACAAACUCAGCACCUCCCAUACCUCGCCGCCUGCGGUGAUAAAGACAUGUCUGUUUUUGCUGGAUUUAGUCUUUAAAGUAAUGGGUUAUUUUUAUGUAAGAGGGAGGGUGGAGUUGGAAAGACAUUGUGAUUAACAAGACUAAUCCACACAGAGAGACAGUUUUUUAUUUUAUUUUUUGCUUUUAUUCAUCUUAUGUAUCAGUAUCCCUAACAUUAUAAUUAAAUUCCCAUAAUAUUUCAUUGUAUGUGUGUGUGGGUGUGUGUGUUUGUGUGGGUGAGUCUGUGAUAUUCAGUUUGAUAUGUUGUGGUAUGUUUUUACUGUACAGUCCCAUGUGAUAUAUACUAACCUUUACGAAUUAUAGGUUUCGAGUAUGUUAGUUCGUUUUGUUAAGGGGAAAUCAUUCGUUUCAUUUAAAACCUUAAUUAUGAUAUUUAAACAUUCUGAACUGAGUCAGUGACAUUAAUUUCACUUUGUCAGAGAAUAAUACUUUAUCUUAUAUUACUUAUUAAUUGUAAGUUGUUGUGACAUUAUACUCUACUUAUUUUACCUCAAAUUAUGCCAGCAGUACACUUUUUAAAGGCCUUAGAGUUUGGUUGUAAUAUUUUUAUAAUAUAUGAUAAAAUAACCUUUAGGAAGUGCCUUUAGAAAGUCAGUUUUGUUGUACAGCAGACUUCAUGUAACUUCUGAAUUUCAUAAUGAAAUAUAAAAAAUAAAAUAAAAAUCCUUUUAAACA